GGUACCUUAAUGGCCAUUUCGUUCCUUACUUGUAGUGCGCGUCAGAAAUUAAAUCAAACCCAGGAACGUGAGGUAUUUAAUAUAAGACUCAGAUGUAUUCAUUCAGUGAUUUUUAUGAGCGACGCGUGCGCAGUCACAUCGGUACAAAAAUAAUUUUAAAUUGAAUUUAAAAUUGCGGAUACUUUGUGUUAAGAUUAACAGUGCACAAUGGUGAGCAAGAAAUAUAACGUGAAUGAUAAAGAUAGAAAAACUGGAAGCAAACACAAUCAAAUACUUAUGUCCAUAGUGGUAUGCAUGCCAAUACUAGCAUAUGGCACAGCGAUGGGCUGGAUUUCACCCCACAAAGCCCUGCUGAUGGGGGAAUCCUCACCCUCAGAGAGACCCCUGACUGAAGAGGAAGUGUCCUGGAUGGCUUCCAUCAUGUUUAUUUUCGCACCUAUAGCUGUGUUCGUAUACGGGGUAGCUGCGGAUAAAUUUGGACGAAAAAAUGCUUUGCUCUGCGCAACUUUGCCUAUAUCUGUCGGUUGGGCAGUUAAACUGAUAUGUGCGCACCCUAUAGCGUUGAUAGCUGCGCGUGCGCUCAUAGGCUUCGGAUCAGGUGGAGGCUUUGUCGUAUGCCCCCUCUAUGUAAAGGAGAUCAGCGAAGACAGUAUACGAGGAAUGACUGGAACAUUUAUUAUAUUCUCACAGACAGUUGGAAAUCUUGUCGUCUUCAUCUUAGGUGACCUGUUGCCAUUUAAUACAGUAUUAUGGAUUCUACUGGCAAUACCAUUGGUACACUUCUGUAUAUUGUUGCGGCUACCGGAGACGCCAUCGUACCUAGUCAAAUGUGGGAAAAAUGAGGAAGCAGCCAAAGUGUUGGGUUGGCUCCGGUCGUUUCCACAAACAGACAAAUCUAUAAGUGACGAGGUGGACCGACUGAUCAUUGAACAGACUACAUCGGAACUGAAGUUCUCACCUAAACUGUUAUUUGCCGACAAAACAGCCCUAAAGGCUUUUUGGGUAGCCCUCAUAGUGAACCUAACUCGAGAGUUCUGUGGAUGUAUAGCGGUCUUGGUCUACGCAAGUCAUAUUUUUGCUGAAGCUGGAAAGGAUCCCGAUUCCAGUAUUGCUUUAUCACCAAACAAGCAAUCGAUUUUGUUGGCUUCAGUGCAGAUAAUAGGAUCGUUUCUGGCCUGUCAGCUUGUAGAUAGAACUGGGAGAAAGCCUUUGCUAGCAGUAACAAGCGUGGUAGCUGGCUUCAGUAUGUGCCUUCUAGGGGUAUGGUUUUACCUCCAAAGCAUCAGUGUUGCCCUCCCUGGCUGGCUGCCCAUCGCUGCUUUAUGUUGUUGCAUAUUUGCAGACGCGUCUGGGUUACAACCUCUACCAUUCGUCAUUAUGACCGAGAUGUUUAGCUUUCAGCUUCGAGGCACAGUAGCAACAUUGAUAAUGGCGAUAUCACUUGGCACAGACUUCGCUCUGCUCAAAUUAUUCGCCCCACUCAACAAUUGCAUAGGAUAUCAUUCUACUUUCUGGAUUUUUAGCUUUAUAUGUCUGUCUAACGUAUUUUAUUUGAUAUUAUGCGUUCCUGAGACCAAAAUGAGAAAUCUAGAAGACAUUUAUGCAGAUUUAGAAGGCAGGAGAAGAAAGAAGAAACAUGUUGAAGCUAAUGUAUAGAUAUUUUAAGAUUAAGGUUUAGCCGAUAUACAAUUGUAUGUUAAUAUAUUUUUACAUAGUACUGGGUAUAGAGACCGCUUCUAACUCCGAAAAUAUCCCCUGAGGUCGUAGGUUCGAUUCCCAGCUGUGCACCAAUGGAUUUUCUUUCUAUGUGCAUUUAACAUUUGAACGAUGAAGGGAAAAAUCGUGAGGAAUCUAACUUGCCUUAGACCCUUGCCGCCCUGGACACUCUCAAUGGAGCAAGUGCGUUGUAGGUCUUUUAAGAAUUGCUCGUUUCUUGAAGGAUCCUAAGUCGAAUUGGUAUUUCUGUGUUCCAAAAACAUACAAACAUAAUAAAGUAUUUUUUUUUCAAUUAACUUACAUUGAGUUGCGAUCUUUUAUUCCCAGUAUACCCCAUGUGGGCUUUUGUAAAUUGGAGGCUUCGACUCUUUAACUUAAUUAUUCAGAUAGCUCUCUGCUCAGUUCUAGUUAUUAAACAGUACAUUUAUUUUUCUUUAUUUAAGAAAAUAUGUAGUUAUGUUAGUACGAAGAGCAACGUUUCCUGCAAUGCCAUAAAUGCCAAAAUAAUAAAUA